GAGCUACAGAGACAGAGCUACAGAGAGAGAGAGACACAGACACACAACGACCGAGCGGGUCCUCGCCAGAGCCUCACUCACCCUAACUCACUCACACACAGGCAGAGAGACGGUGAAGGUGGAGAAGAGAGACACACAGGGCGCUUCUCUCCUCCCCGCGCGAAUACUGACUCUCUCCCGUUUUUCUUUGUUUUCUGUUAUUCCCUUGUUCCUCCUGAUGGAUCCGCCCGCGCAGUGAAACUCGCGAGUGCGUCCGGAGCUCCGCGCGCAGCAGAGGCCGAGCCGUGAGCCGUGCUGGGCCAGUCCGCUCGCUCGCUCGCUCGCUCGCUCGCGCGGCACCGUGUUGUUUUCUUUCUCCCCCCCGACCACCGCUUUAAAUGUUCGCGAAGGAAGGGAGAUUAAAAAGGGGGAAAAUCCGGUGUGUUUGUUCUUAAACGGAGGAAUAUGUUCGCUCCCUGGCUGACUUUUGCACUUCUUUGGGGAACUUUCUGUGCAGGACCCAGCCAUGGAGAGGUGGAGACACGCGAGUGUUUAUACUACAACAUCAACUGGGAGAUCGAGAAGACCAACCAGAGCGGCGUGGAGCGAUGUGAAGGCGAGAAGGACAAGCGCUCGCACUGCUAUGCUUCCUGGCGCAACAACUCGGGAACCAUCGAGCUGGUGAAGAAAGGCUGCUGGCUGGAUGACUUCAACUGCUAUGACAGGCAAGAGUGUGUGGCCACUGAGGAGAACCCACAGGUGUUCUUCUGCUGCUGUGAGGGCAGCUUCUGCAACGAGAGGUUCACACACUUACCUGACGUCAGCGGACCAGUUAUCGAGCCGCCUCCCGCCACUCUUUCUCUGUUGAACGUGCUGGUCUACUCCCUCCUGCCCGUCAUCAUGCUUUCCAUGGCCAUGCUGCUGGCGUUCUGGAUGUACCGGCACCGCAAGCCACCCUACGGCCACGUGGACAUCAACGAGGAUCUGGGUCCAGCCCCACCAUCUCCUUUAGUAGGGCUGAAACCCCUGCAGUUGCUGGAGAUUAAAGCUAGGGGGCGCUUUGGGUGUGUGUGGAAGGCCCAGAUGAUGAAUGAAUAUGUAGCUGUGAAGAUCUUUCCAAUUCAGGACAAGCAGUCAUGGCAGAACGAGCGAGACAUGUUCUCCACGCCCGGGAUGAAGCACGAGAACUUGCUGCGCUACAUCGCUGCGGAGAAACGGGGGACCAGCCUGGAAAUGGAGCUGUGGCUCAUCACAGAGUUCCAUGAGAAGGGUUCUUUGACUGAUUAUCUGAAAGGCAAUGUGGUAAGCUGGAAUGACUUAUGUCACAUUGCUGAAACUAUGGCUCGUGGACUGGCUUACCUCCAUGAGGAUGUACAGCGGUACAAAGGAGAAGGCCCAAAACCUGCUAUUGCUCACAGGGACUUCAAGAGUAAAAAUGUGAUGCUGAAGAAUGACCUCACUGCUGUCAUUGGUGAUUUUGGGUUGGCGGUGAAGUUUGAGCCAGGAAAACCACCAGGAGACACACAUGGCCAGGUUGGCACACGAAGGUACAUGGCUCCCGAGGUGCUGGAGGGAGCCAUCAACUUCCAGAGAGAUGCAUUCCUGAGAAUAGAUAUGUAUGCCAUGGGGCUCGUGCUGUGGGAGCUGGUGUCCCGCUGUACAGCUGCUGAUGGUCCUGUGGAUGAGUAUAUGUUGCCAUUUGAGGAGGAGAUUGGGCAGCACCCGUCCCUGGAGGACCUGCAGGACGUUGUAGUACACAAAAAGCUGCGGCCGGUGUUGAAGGACUGCUGGCUGAAGCAUACUGGCCUGGAGCAGAUGUGUGAGACGAUAGAGGAGUGCUGGGACCAUGACGCCGAGGCACGACUGUCGGCAGGCUGUGUAGAGGAGCGCAUCUCACAGAUCCGCCGCCUCACCAGCGCCCCUACCUCGGACUGCCUCGUAUCCAUGGUGACCUCUGUCACCAACGUGGACUUGCCACCCAAAGAGUCCAGUAUCUGAGUCCUACUGCAGUGCUCACAAAUCUGAAGCAAACAAGCAAACGAAACAACUCUCGUCUUUCCAGGCUCAGCGGAUCUCAGACAACAACAUGAAUGCAGCUGCUAUUUUAUC